UCAUCUGCGAUAUGAUUGGCUGGGCCGGCCCUCUAGCAGAGCGGGAGUGGAGCGCUUUAGAAUAAAACUACAGUAGUGCUUUUAGUGAUUGUCAGCUUCAAACCGCUUUGAACCCAGACAUACAGCAGCUUCGAGGUGCUUUUCUUUCAAGUCCCACUAUGUCCUCAGACAAUACCAUGGACUUGGACUCAGAGCUGGGUGAGUUGCUCCAGGAGUUCCAGGAUGUGGUGGAGGAGCUGAAGGCCCCUACUCAAAGCAGACCACAUGCUUACCAGCAAGCAUCGCACGAGGCCAAAUGUCUCACAAGACAGAGCGAAGACAGUGGAGUCGAGGAUUCAGAUUACAGCAGUGAACAUUCUAUGGGGAACAGUUUGAAUACCAGCGAAGAGGAGCUCCACACAGCAGGAAUAACGCUGGCAUCAAAAGCCAAGCUGGGAGACACAAGGGAACUUGAGAGUUUUAUCGACAUGUUGGACCGAGAACUUGCUGAGAUGUGAACAGAGAGCAAAAGUGAGCCACGUAUAAUGGGGAGAGAAAUACGCUGGGGGCGACAUGGCUGGCUACUGCUGAGCAGAAAGAGAAAUAUACACCAGAGCAGAUCUGAUGGAGCAAACGCUCCCCUUGCCGCUCCGGGGGAAAAGGUUAACAUCCAAAAUUAAAAGGGCAGUCCAUUCCGAAAUGCAAGAACUCCCACAGACCCCCGGCGAUGCUGCGUCCAGCCAGCAAAGACAAUGUCCCCGCAGCAUCAGAUCCAGGAUGUGUGACAUAUUCCUGAAAUGAGACGAAGCUUCCAUCGGCUAAAGCAUAUGACCCCCCCCCCCCCCCC